AUAAAGAAUUCGACUUCUACAUAUAUUCGCAUUGUCCCAUUUCCAAACAAAAACAGGUAAGGAGAGAUGAGAGGUGGGAUUUUGAAAUGGAUGAUUGUGGUCGUGAUGACAGUAGCCGUUGUGGGAGUGAGGGGAGACGAUGAAGGAGAUGAAAAUGGACUGAAGAGGAACUUCUACGAGAAGACAUGUCCUCUCGCUGAGGAGAUUGUGAGGAACAUCACUUGGAGCCGUGUCGCUGCCAAUCCUGUCCUGCCCGCUAAACUCCUCCGCAUGUCUUUCCACGAUUGCUUCGUCAGGGGUUGCGAUGCGUCGGUUCUGAUAAAAUCGACGCCGGGGAACCAAGCGGAAUUGGAAGCGCCGCCGAACUUGUCGUUGGCGGGAAUGGAUGUGAUCGAUGAGAUCAAAGCCAAGCUUGAGGAAGUGUGCGAAGGGAUCGUCUCUUGCGCCGAUAUCAUUCCCUUAGCCGCUAGAGAUGCAGUUUCUUUCCAAUAUAAGUUGCCGGUGUGGGGUGUACUAACGGGGAGAAGAGAUGGAAGAAUAUCAAAAAUGGAAGAAGCGAACGCAAGUCUUCCUUCACCCUUCAUGAACUUCGACGAGCUUCUCAAGAACUUCGCCGACCAAGGCCUCAACAAAAAGGACCUCGUCGUUCUUUCCGGGGGUCACACCAUCGGAAUGGCGCACUGUUUCCUCUUCAACAACCGUCUCUACAACUUCACGGGGGCCGGAGACCAGGACCCGUCACUGGACCCUGACUAUGCCGACUUCCUAAAGACCAAAUGCACUCCUUCCCCCACCGAUCUCUCUACGGUCGAGAUGGACCCCGACAGUGGAUUCAGCUACGACAGCCAUUACUUCAAGAUCUUGCUGGAGGACAAGGGCUUGUUCCAGUCGGACGCCGCCCUCCUGACGGAUCCCGACUCGGCUCGUCUGGCCGAGAAGCUCAUCAGACCUGGCAAGUUCUUCGAUAAGUUCGCCAAGGCCAUGAAGAAACUCAACGCCAUCAAAGUGAAGGUUGGCGAGGAUGGGGAGAUCAGGAAGAAUUGCGGCGUCGUUAAUCCUGUCAUUUCUAUGGUCACUGAUGAUAUCUAAUCUUGAUUGUGCCCGAAUGUUAUGUCGCAUGCAUAUGUUGUCCUCCUCGUGUUAGUUCGUGUCUCGUGUCACGGUGGUCCGUCUUAGUUUUGUUUGUUAGUUGUCCGGACUAUAUCAUAUCAUCCCCGGUCGUUCCACGUUUCCUAUAAUAUAUUUCAAAUAAUCCGCGGGUUGAUCAUAUCAUAUGUGUUUGAUAUAAUAAUGCUGCUUUUUUUUUCCA